UGGUGUGCUGUGGAGAUUAAUAAUGGUGCUGAUGAUGGACGUUACUUUCAUCUGUCAAUGACUCAAGGCACACCCAGUCUGUAUGUGGAUAAUCAGGAGGAGACAGGGUUUUUUAAUGAAAAAAUUACCAUAAACUGUUACUACACCACCUCUGGAGAGAUGAAAUGGUGUAAGAUGAACAGCAACUGUGUGACAGAAAGAUCAGGAUUAAUAGAUGGAACAAGAGUAAACCUGAACAACAGACGUGACAACAGAUUCACUGUGACUCUGAGUGAACUGAGUCCAGAGAGCAGUGGUUGGUAUUACUGUGUCAAAGGAGACUUCCAGAUGCCAGUACACCUAAGUGUUACUGAAAGACCUGCAGAAAUCUACAAAACAAAGACUGUCAGUGAAGUAUCAGUGAAGGCUGGCGCUUCAGUCACUAUUCCCUGUUUUUACAGCCAACAAUACAGAAAUCAUGUGAAAUAUUUAUGUGAAGGAUCUAUAUGGACUUACUGCUCAUAUGCAGCUAAAACAAACUCACAAAGUGAUUCAGAAAAGUACUCAAUCUCUGAUGAUAAAAGUCAAUCAGUCUUCACUGUGACCAUAAAACAGCUGACAGAACAAAACACUCAUUACUGGUGUGCUGUGGAGAUUGAUAAUGGUGUUGAUCAUGGACGUUACUUUCAUCUGUCAGUGACCCAAACUGUAUGUGGAUAAUCAGACAGUAUCAGGAUUUAUUGGGGAAAACAUCACCAUAAACUGUUACUACACCACCUCUGGAGAGAUGAAAUGGUGUAAGAUGAACAGCAACUGUGUGACAGAAAGAUCAGGAUUAAUAGAUGGAACAAGAGUAAACCUGAACAACAGUGACAACAGAUUCACUGUGACUCUGAGAGAACUGAGUCCAGAGAGCAGUGGUUGGUAUUACUGUGUCAAAGGAGACUUCCAGAUGCCAGUACACCUAAGUGUUACUGAAAGACCUGCAGUAUCAGUGAAGGCUGGAGCUUCAGUCACUAUUCCCUGUUUUUACAGCCAAAAACACAGAAAUCAUGUGAAAUAUUUAUGUAAUGGAUAUUUGUGGAAUUCCUGCUCGUAUGCAGUUAAAACAAACUCACAGCUUGAUACAAACAAGUACUCAAUCUCUGAUGAUAAACAUCAAUCAGUCUUUUCUGUGACUAUAAAACAACUCACACAUCAAAACACGGAUUACUGGUGUGCUGUGGAGAUUAAUAGUGGUGCUGAUGAUAGACAUUAUUUUCAUCUAGUUGCCCAAGAUACACCCAUUCUGUCUGUGGAUAAUCAGGCAGUAUCAGGAUUUAUUGGAGAAAACAUCACCAUCAACUGUUACUACACCACCUCUGGAGAGAUGAAAUGGUGUAAGAUGAACAGCAACUGUGUGACAGACAGAUCAGGAUCUGUGGAUGGAACAAAAGUAAACCUGAACAAGAGUGGCAACAGAUUCACUGUGACUCUGAGAGAAUUGAGGGCAGAGAGCAGUGGUUGGUAUUACUGUGUCAAAGGAGACUUCCAGAUGCCAGUACACCUAAGUGUUACUGAAAGACCUACAACAGAACCAACCAUAACUCCCACAAUAGCUGGAAAAACUGCCACCACUCGUGUGAAACCAAAAAGUCGUUUUGACUUAAAAAUCCUCAUCAUCCCCUCGAGUUUGCUGAUCUUGAUUUUAAUUGUAGCCUUGGUGGUCUGGCUUGUACUGAAAUGCAAACAUGGCAAAGCAGAUUCAACUACCUCAAAGUCGUCUGAGGAGGCGGUAACGUACUCUGAUGUUGCCUUCAAGAAAAGAAAAGCUAAGGCUCGGAGUGUUGAAAGUGGUGAGGAUGUGACUUACAGCUCUGUGGUUACAACAAAGCAAAAAAGGCAAAGCAAAGGUGAAGAUACGGACGUUACUUACACCACAGUGUUUCAUCACAUGUAAACAUUGUUGCAGCUGUCUGUGUGAAGCUUUUGAUCUCAUCUCACACAACAGACAUGUGUGAACUAGAUCUGGUCUCAAUCUGGUACUGCUGGUACCGCACGUGUUUUGUCAACUGUUUGUUAGCCAGCUCUGGCAACGAUGGCACUGUUUUUUUUUUUUUUUUGGUUUUUUGUUUGUUUGCUUGUGAUUUGGUUUACAUGGCCCAAAUCUGCCCAUGCCACAACUGACCUGUGCCAUGUGGUUUGGUUUACGUGGAUGCUGACCCAUGCAUGGACCACGUCUGGCAAAUCCGGGCCACCAAAGGGGCGUCAUUCUUUGCAGUAUCUGGGCCAAGUAUUACAUUGUUUGGACCAGAGCUGGGCCAGAUAUAUUUUGCUAUGUUGCAUGAUUUUUGGCCAUUUUAUGUUAUUCAUAAGCGCUUAUCUUGUUAAUGAAUAAAAAAUCUAUUUAUAGUUAUGUAAAGUUCAUCUUUAUGUGUAUUAAAUGUUUUUGUGGCAAUGCAUUUUAACAUUGAGGCAUAAAUAAAUGUUACUAUUACCACU